CCCUUCACUGUCUCUCACCCUGUUCUCCUUCACCUAUUAAUUCCCCAUGUAAAAUUCCCCUUCAAAGCUGUGUGUUCAAUCUUCAUCAAUUUAUACUUUGUAAAGAUCUAAGUUUGUGUCCGAGACUCUUUACUCACAACCAGGCUGGCUACUGUUUAUUUAUGGGCACCUCAUUAAGCAUACUGAAAUUGAGAAGUAGAGUCUCAAAAAAGGAAAAGGAGAGAAAUAUGUUGCGCAAUGGAGGCAUGUUAUUGGAAGAGCUGCUCCAUUCAUGUGAUGGAAAAUAUAAUCCCUUCCGAAUUUUCUCAGCUCAAGACCUUGUAAUUGCAACCAAUGGUUGGUACAAGAGCAACAAGAUCUACAAGAGUUCCUCCAAUGGCCGUCCAAUACUUGUCAAGUCUUUUUACCACGACAAUAAAGAAUAUGGUAUUAAUGAAAUUGUGUUUGCAUCACAGUUAAACAACCACAACAACAUACACAUGCUCUUGGGCUGCUGCCUUGAAACUGAAUGUCCGAUCCUAGUGUAUGAGUAUCCAGAAAAUAGAGCUCUUUCUGAUCAUAUAUUUGGCGAUCAUCAACAGCUACUACCUUGGGAUUGUAGGUUGAAGGUUGCCAAGGAGGUUGCUGAUGCUUUGGCGUAUCUCCACACUGGGUUGUCCACGCCCAUCAUUCACAGGCACGUAAUACCAACAAACAUAUAUUUAGAUGGAAAUUAUGUUGCCAAACUAUCAGACUUUAGUUUGGCUGUGUCAAUUCCUCCAGGGGAGGAGUACGUAGAAACACGUGUUCAAGGGACUGUUGGAUAUUUGGCUCCAGAAUACUAUUCAACAAGUCGAGCUACUGAGAAGUGUGAUGUUUACUCUUUCGGAUCGCUAUUGAUUGAAAUUUUGUCAGGAGAAAAGAUUAUUUCUUUACGAAUGCCUAGCAUGGAAGAGGACGAGCCAGAUAUUGAUUCUAUUUUGGCAUCAUGUGGUGCCUUCCUGGAAGAGGAGGACAUGCCACAACUUGAUCAAUUUAUUAUUGAGAGAGCUACAAACUAUAUGGGAGCAGAUAUCACUUUGGAAGAUCAAUACAAGCUUUCAAUGGCAUGGAGACUUGCAUCCAAAUGCUGUAGUGAAAAUCCAGAGGGGAGGCCAACAUGACGCAAGUAGCAAAAGAGAUUAGAAGGAUUAUCAAAUUUCAAUCAAUCUCUCCCACCACCCAUCAUGCUUGUUGAAUUGUGAGCUUGCUUCUUUCACAUUAAAACUGAUGAGAUAGAUGCCUUCGAGUUUUUUAAGAAGAAGAAGAAGAAUUCAUUAAUCCCAAUAUGUGUGUGAGAUUUUAUGGCUAUUUCUAGAUUACAUUGAAAGGGAUUUUAUUUCAAUUUAUUAUGAAUAUUGGGAUGUGUAUUAAAUAUGGACCAAAUGUUAUUUACAUCAUUUAGAGAUCUAACAAAAGACUUUUAUUUA